GGGCGGGCGGGGGCGGGCGGGGGAGCGGCGGCGGCGGCGGGCGGGAGCCGCGCUCGCUCCAGCUGUUUCCCGCCUUGGGCCGCGGGCAGAGGCCGGAGCCGGGCCGGGAGGGGCUGAACCGGGCCGGGACGAGCCGGGCUGGGCUGAACCGGGCCCCCCGCCCCCGUUAUGGAGUACUUCAUGGUGCCGGCCCCCAAGGUGCCGGCCCUGCAGCACUUCAGGAAAUCCGAGAAGGAGGUCAUCGGUGGGCUCUGCAGCUUGGCCAACAUCCCACUGACUCCAGAGACCCAGCGGGACCAGGAGCGGCGGAUACGCAGGGAAAUCGCCAACAGCAACGAGAGACGGCGGAUGCAGAGCAUCAAUGCUGGCUUCCAGUCCCUGAAAACCCUCAUCCCACACACGGAUGGGGAGAAGCUCAGCAAGGCAGCCAUCCUCCAGCAGACGGCCGAGUACAUCUUCUCCCUGGAGCAGGAAAAGACUCGGCUACUGCAGCAGAACACCCAGCUCAAGCGGUUCAUCCAGGAAUUCAGUGGCUCCUCCCCGAAACGGCGACGGGCAGAGGACAAAGACGAGGGGAUCGGCUCGCCAGACAUCUGGGAAGAUGAGAAGGCCGAGGAUCUGCGUCGGGAGAUGAUUGAGCUCCGGCAGCAGCUGGACAAGGAGCGCUCGGUCCGCAUGAUGCUGGAGGAGCAGGUUCGCUCCCUGGAGGCCCACAUGUACCCCGAGAAGCUGAAGGUGAUUGCUCAGCAGGUGCAGCUCCAGCAGCAGCAGGAACAGGUGAGGUUGCUGCACCAGGAGAAGCUCGAGCGCGAGCAGCAGAUCCGAACCCAGCUCCUGCCAUCACAUGCUCCCCCAGCGCCCACCCACCACCCCACCGUGAUCGUUCCAGCGCCGCCUCCCUCCCAUCAUGUCACCGUGGUCACCAUGGGCCCAUCCUCGGUCAUCAACACGGUCUCCACGUCCCGGCAAAACCUGGACACCAUCGUUCAGGCGAUCCAGCACAUCGAGGGCACGCAGGAGAAGCAGCUGCAGGAAGAGGAGCAGCGACGCGCCGUCAUCGUGACGCCGGCGCGCGCCUGCCCCGAGCCCUCCGCCUCCGACACCGCCUCCGACACCGAGGGCAACGACAGUGACUCCAUGGACCAGAGCAAAGAGGAGCCCUCGGGGGACGGGGAGCUGCCCUGACACCCCCCGCCAGCAGCUGGGGAGGGAAGCCGGGGCAGGGGGGGGAAACGUCAGAGAAUAUGCUGAAAUUUUUAAAAAAUACAACGUGAUUUGGGUCUCUUUUAUGACCUUUUUCCAAUACUGUAAAGCAGAGCGUUAGAGGCAGGCAAAGGUCACCCGUCAGCUCCCAGGGGGGUGGGGGCUUAGGAGUGGCCACAGUGGGGCAUGGGGGGCUUGGGGCAUGGUGGGGGGCGUUGGGAAGGGGGGUCACAGCCCCCCACCCUGGUUUAUAACCCCCCACCUGCCAACCCACAGGGAAUCCUGCCAAGCUGGCAGCAGCCCCACUGUUCCUGAUGGUGUUCCCUUGGGACAGGGCCUUUGGUUGGGAUCUUAAUUUGGUUUUUUCCUUCUCUUGUGUUUUUUUUUUUCCUUUUACUUAAAUGUUUGUUUUUAAGCAGGGGGGGAGAUGCCAAGUGACAUGGCAGCAGGGGCAGGACAGGGAUCCCUGAUUUCAGGGUACCACCAUGGCUCCUGCACCCCACAUAGGGCAGGGAAAACCCCCUUGGAGAGUAAAAUAACCCUGGGAUGAUGCCAUUGGAGCACGGCAGGAGGGCUGGCAUAUGCCAUCCCUCCCUGGCAUUUCCAGCACCCACCUCCUUGGCACAGGGAUGGCAGGUUGGGGGCUGAUUUUUACACCCCGUCCCUGUCCUUGUGCCCAUUCCUGUCCCCCCCACCCCAUUCCCAUCCCUCCUUUAAGCACUUAACCUGGUUUGUGGGGUCUGUCAGCUCCGAAGAGCUUUUCUAUUUUGUGAUUGUGUCGCUUGGGUCUGUCGUGGCGGGUGGGGGGUCCCUGUUUUGUGCAUCCCCCCCUCGCCCCACUGCCCCCCACCCGGCUGUAGGGUUUUAGGCCAGUCGUGUGUAGAGCCUCGGUGGUAUUCAGUAGGUUCCCCCCCAGCUGCAGCUGUUUCUCGGUUCCUUUCCCCUUUUGUUUUUGUUUUUUUGGGUUUUUUUGUUUUGUUUUGGUUUUUUUUUUUUUUUUGUAUUUUUUUUUUACAAUUUUCAGGUCUUUGUGUUGAUUGAGAAGCUAUUCUAUUUUGUUAAGAAAGUUGAAAAAAAAAAAAGAGGCUCGUGCCUUUGUAAAGAAACAAAAUAAAGUUUGUACUUGGUUUUU